AAAACAAAGCUACUGAAGCAGGUAGAUUAAAUCCUUUAGAAAUGGCUUAUGCUGCUCUUUCUUCACUUAUGUAUACAUUGGAACAACUCCUGAAACCUAAUCACUCUUUGGUUUGUCGAUGCUGUACACAACAACAUGUCGAAUCUCUCUAUCAAAAUCUUUCUGCUCUGCAAGUUUUCCUUGACGAUACUACCACAAAGGAUAUUGAAACUCUUAAGAUUAUAGAAAAGAAGAUCAGAAAUGUAGUAUACAAAGCAGAAGAUAGAGUUGAUUCAACUCUAAGAAACAUCAUUCUAGCAGAUCGCGAGGACAAACGGCAAAAGGCGUGUAGAUCCUUUCAUGAAGAACUGUUGAAAGUGGAAGAACAAGUUUAUUUUCUCAACAAAGAGGUGAUGCUGAUCGAGUUUAACAAGCAUGGAAGCAAAUCUGCAGAAUUAGCAAGAAUUUCCUCCUCACUAGAAAAAAGUACAAUUGAGGAAAAUACUAUUGUUGGGAUGGAGGAUGACUUUAACACCUUACUUGAUCGCCUCACUGCCCAAACGAAGAAGUUAACUGUCAUACCAAUUUUUGGUAUGGGCGGUAUAGGUAAGACAACUCUUGCCAGAAAAGUUUAUGAUGAUUCAUACAUUCGUUCUCGAUUUGAUAAACAUGCAUGGGUCACUAUCUCCCAAGAAUUCAAUCAGAGACAAAUGCUUCUUGAACUUGUCUCUUCAAUUACUGGAAGCAAGCAAGUAACAAGCGAUGAUCAACUAAUGGAGAUUGUGUAUAGAGGCCUGAAGGGUAGGAGAUUUCUAAUUGUCAUAGAUGAUAUUUGGAGUACAACGACUUGGGACCAAAUGCAAAGAACAUUUCCAAAUGAUGACAAUAGAAGCCGAAUUCUAUUAACCACUCGGCUCAAGUAUGUUGCUGAUUAUGUCAGUUGUCCUGAUUUUCCGCCUCAUAGGAAGUCUUUUCUAAGUCUAAAUGAUAGUUGGAAUCUAUUCACCGAAAAAUUAUUCAAAAACGAUCCAUGUCCUCCUUUACUUGUAGAAAUAGGGAAGCAUAUUGUACGACAAUGUCAAGGAUUACCUCUCUCAAUUGUUGUAGUUGCUGGACUUCUUGUAAAAAUGGAGUUAACGCAUGACAAUUGGAAGAAGGUUGAGGAAAAUCUGAACUCAUUCUUUGGUACAGUAUCCGAACGAUGCCAAUCAAUUCUUUCUUUGAGCUACAACUACUUGCCCCAAUAUUUGAGGGCUUGUUUUCUCUACAUUGGAGGUUUUCCGGAAGACAGAGAAAUCAAUGUUUCCGAGUUGAUUAGGCUAUGGAUUGCUGAGCAAUUCGUAAAGGCAAGAAACAAUAAAAGGUUAGAAGUGGUGGCAGAGGAAUAUCUACAAGAGCUAAUUGAUAGAAGUCUAAUUUUGAUUGAUACAUUAACGGCUAAUGGAAGGAUGAAAACUUUCAAAAUUCAUGAUCUUCUUCGCCAACUAUGCCUAGGUGAAACUCAUACUGAAAAUGUUGUGAAUGGGAAUGUUCUCGUAGCCAUAGAUGAUCAACGUCGAGUGAUCCUUCUGUCUAUACUUGAAGAGAAGCAAGUUUAUCCUCCAAUGCAUAUCAAUGGUAUAGCUCGCACCUUUAUUUCAAUGCAAUAUUUUCAGUACCCCAAUAUUCCAGGAGGGAUUUGUUCCAUUUUUUCAGAGUUCAAGUUGCUUAAGGUGUUGGACGUAUUAACAGUUUUGUUAGAUUUCUCUAGUGUAAUACCUGAGCUUGUACAUUUGAGAUAUGUUGCUGCAAGAAUUGAGGAAGGUCUUUCACUAGACAAAUUGAGAAAUCUACAGACCAUAAUUCUUCGAAGAAAUAAGGGUAUCAACAUCAUAGUGGGGGAGCAGCCAGUAGAUAUCUGGAGAUUGUCAGAGCUAAGACAUUUGGAUAUCAGCUGGCCACUAUGUAUAUCUAAUCCUCUUGAGGCAGAAAAUCCUUUGUUUCUCAAUAACUUGAAAAAUCUUUUUCUCUAUAACUCUCCUUUUGUUGUGGAAAUCAUAGGAAGAACUCCCAAUCUAAAAAAGCUAAACAUCAUAGAUAAUUCUUAUCAUCUUGACUGGCCUGCAAUUCUUGAUUCUCUAAUUCUUCUAGAGGAUCUGGAGAUGCUACUCAUAAAUCUGCAGAGCAUUGACCUGAACAUUUUCUCUGGAGAUAUUUUGUCUUGUAAAAUCAAGAAAUUAAGUCCUAAUAUCAAGAAAUUGAUAUUAUAUGGUACUUAUAUACCAUGGGAAGUUGUAAAUUUGCUGGCUAAUUUACCCAAUCUUGAGGUGAUGAAAGGGGAGUGUGCAUUUUCUGGAACAAAUUGGAAAGUAGAUGAAGAUAUUGUGUUUCGCAAAUUAAAAUAUCUAUUAAUUGGUGAAGAAGCAGAUCUGGAAAGGUGGGAAGCUGGUAGUGAUAAUUUUCCGAUGCUUGAGCAACUAAUACUUUAUGGGUUGUAUAAACUGGAGGAGAUUCCGGAGAGUAUUGGAGAUAUAAUGACACUAAAAUUGAUCAAAAUAGAUGAUUGCAGCUCUUCUGUAGAGAAUAGUGCUAAGAGAAUUCAAGAAGAGCAAGAGAACUUGGGAAAUUAUGAGCUUCAACUUCAAAUUACUGGAGGAGAUUCCGAAGAGUAUUGA